AUGUUGGCAAACAUUGAAGAGAUAACACGGACAAUGAACCUCCCAAACCCACUCCUCCUGAUUCCUUGCGCCGUGAUCUUCCUCCUAUGGUACUACCUCCACGUCCCCUGGAACCUGCCUAACCUCCCCAGAAUCCCCUUCUACGUCUCCAUAAUCGGCCUAUGGUCGUCAAUGGGCCAAGACGAGAUCUACGAGCGCUGGCUACGCAAACCCCUUGAAUCCCACGGUGCCGUCCUUAUCUGGUUUGCUGGACGCUGGAGUAUCCUGGUCACCAAGCCUGAGUGGCUCACCGACAUGUUCCGCAACGAGGAUCUCUACGCAAAAGCGGGCUCGCAGAAGAAGAUCCCGUGGAGUGUGAUUGCCACCCUCGUGGGGGAUAACAUUAUCAAUGCGCAUGGGGAGGAUUGGAAGUUGUACACGGCGAUUAUGAAGCCCGGGCUGCAGAAGAGGCAGUUUGAUGUGCAGCCCUUGGUAAGAAAGUCGAAGCGGUUCGUGGAUAAGCUGGUGGAGGAGCAGAGAAUAUGCUCUGCUGAUGGGUGUAGCGGGAAAGGGAUUGUCGCGAAUCAUUACGUGCAACAGUGGGCGGUUGAUGUGAUGGGGGUCAGCUUUCUGGAUUUGGAUUUGCAGGCCUUAGAGAAACCUCUGAAUGCAGUCCGCCUUGAAUCCAUUCAAUCCGUCAUAAAAGGCAUCCUCUUUCGUCCGCUGUUCUUCAACUUCCCCGACCUCGACCGCUUCCCAUGGCUGUUCAACUCUCGCAAAUUCGCCUUUCACAUCAUGCAUGAGUUUGGGGACCGCCUAGUAGAUGCCGUGCACAACAAAAUUGACUCCAAAGAUUAUAAACCACCUGGUGACGACGAAAUGGUCGUUCAUAUGCUGAUGCGGGCCCGUCGUGAGGGCCGCCUGACGGAGAAGCAAUACCGCGAUAACCUGAAGAUCGUGUUCUUGACAGCGCAUGAGAACGCACAGCAGUUAGUGAAUUCGAUGUUUUGGCAACUGGGGACCUUACCUGACGCCCAGCAGAAACUUCGUGACGAAAUUCGGUCCGCAAACUGCACCCACGAAGCCCUUACCGACCUCCCCUAUCUGACGGCCACCAUCUACGAGCUCCUACGCCUCUACCCUCCCGUGUCGCAGCUUAUCAACCGUGUCACCCUCCGCGAUGCCCAGCUAGGAGGCAAGGUUGCGAUUCCAAAGGGCACAUUUGUCGGAUGGAACGCCUACGGCGUGCACAUCAACCCAGCCAUCUGGGGUCCCGAUGCGAUGGAGUUUCGACCCGAGCGAUGGGGAACCACCGUUAACGAGAUGCAUGCUCGGUUUAGGCGGGAUACUGUGCGAGGCACGUAUAUCCCAUUCAACGCGCAUUCGAGAAAAUGUCUGGGGCAGGGGUUCGUCCUGUUGCAAAUGAGGGUUCUUCUAGCGGAGUUGGUCGGACGGGUCAAAUGGCGAGUUGAAGAGGGAUAUCAGUUGAAGAUGACGCCAGGCGGGAUCAUGGCACCCUUGGGAUGUAAGGUCGUGUUGGAGGAGGUGGAGAAGUCAGCUUGA